UUGCCACGCGCUCUGAUGGGUUUUAUGGUCGAAGGUGCGUGUUUUAUUGAGUAACACCAGCACAUGGACUUUGCAGCAGCCGCGCGUGCGCCGCUUUGUGGUUUUAAUUGAAUUUAGAUUGAAUCAUGCUGAAAAACAAUGGGAAGAAAACAGCGGUGUCUGCAGGAUGCACGGCAGGUUUGUGCGCGCUGCUGCUCCUGCUCGCUGUGCAUCACCGGGUCCAGGUCUCCGAGGGGACGCACGGAGGGGACGCUCACGCGCGCUCCCCUGACGCUGGCGCAGCGCAGCUCGGGAGCGCACGGGAGCGGAAGAGCUUCUCUGCGUUCUUCACCCAGCUGACGCGGGCGCGCAGGGACUUGGAGAAGCCCGCGCGCUCCUCCGCAGCCACCACCGGGGACCCCCCUCCAGCUGAGGACAUCAGCGCGGAUGACGUCUUCAUCGCUGUGAAGACCACCAAGAAGUUCCACCAGUCCAGACUGAGCCUGCUUCUGGAGACAUGGAUCUCCAGAAACACGCAACAGACGUACGUCUUCACAGAUGGAGAGGACGCUGAGCUAAAGAAGAAAAUUGGGAGUCAUGCAAUCAACACCAACUGCUCUGCAGCUCACAGCCGGCAAGCUUUGUCUUGCAAGAUGGCGGUGGAGUACGACAAGUUCAUAGAAUCGAGGAAAAAGUGGUUCUGUCAUGUGGACGAUGACAACUACGUGAAUGUUCGGUCUCUGGUGAAGCACUUAUCUCAGUACCCCCACACCCAGGACAUGUACAUCGGCAAACCCAGCCUGGACCGGCCCAUUGAGGCCACAGAGAGACUGGGGGACAAUAAGAUGAAACCAGUAAACUUCUGGUUUGCCACUGGGGGAGCAGGUUUUUGUGUGAGCCGGGGUCUGGCACUAAAGAUGAGCCCAUGGGCCAGCGGCGGUCACUUCAUGAACACAGCAGAGAAGAUUCGGCUGCCUGACGACUGCACCAUCGGGUACAUCAUCGAGUCGGUUCUGGGCGUCCCUCUGACCCGCAGCAACCUGUUCCACUCCCACCUGGAGAACCUGCAACAGGUGUCGAGACCUGAGCUUCACAAGCAGAUCACCCUCAGUUAUGGAAUGUUUGAAAACAAGAGCAACAUCAUCAACUUGAAAGGAGCUUUUUCUGUGGAGGAGGAUCCGUCAAGGUUCAAGUCUGUGCACUGUCUCCUGUAUCCAGACACCCCUUGGUGCCCCCCGCAGGUUGCCUUCUAGGGUGACCGCUCCUUUCUCAUCCUCGUCCCCCGACACGCCUCGGUAUCUGAAAGGCUCGUGGGGACCAGUGUUUGGUAUUGGACCGUGCUGCUGCUGUGUUCUUGCUGCAGCCAUGCACGGUCUUCAAUGGUUUUACUAGGCUGCUGUGCGGCCCGCCUUCGGACUUUUCCUUCCUCCCUGGAGCCAGAACUUUGUCCCGUAACGCUCGCGAGGAGUUCAGCUCUAGGAAGGAAGUAGCGUUCACCGUUUAGCUUUGCAGGCAAUCAGUUGAGCUUUUGUUUUAUGUACAUGUUGCUUGUAAAUGCACCAACAAUUCUCAUAGAAUGUAUUGUCAAAUAUUUGCCUGCUUCACAUUAUUUUCUUUUCUUUUAGCUCUUUAUAUAAUAAGCAGAGCCACUCUGGUUUUUAGUUCAUAAACUUCGUAACUCAACUGGCUCCGGAUAAAAUGUUCUAAUAUGAAGAUGUUGUAGUACUUUUGAGCAAACAGUGUUAUUUCUCCCACAUCCUGAGCUGGCAAUUUCCAAAAGGGACCUAAUCUGAGGUAUGUCAGAACAAAGCACUUUUAAAAAAAGAUUUAUGCCUAACUGGCUUAAUUUAUGUCCUUUCAUGACAUACUUCAGUUUUGUGUCCAAAUUCAACAAAAAUAACCCCCUUAAAAUCUAAUUUUAUGUCCAAAUAUUUAAUGCCACUCCUUGUGUUAACAAUCAGGGAAAAGCAACGAUUGGAAGAGAUUUGGUUUUAAGGGGGUCCAAUCAGCGUUCUUGUUUUAAUUUUUAUUGCACAGCUGUUUCAAAUGACCUGAUGUUUCCUCUCACCUCUGAAGACGCAACAGUCGAGUCUUUUUACUCAAAACGAUUGACGGUUCCAUUUUUGUGGCGUUGGAGUAAAGUUGUAAUCUGAGCCACAGUUUGCACAACAAGGCUGACGAGUGUGUGUUUGUGUCAUCACAAUAGUUCCAUAUUUAUGCAUAAGUCUUGUUACUGUUGAGGCCCGGGAGGUGAGAGCAGCGUCAGUGUUUCCACAUGGGGGGCGGCCCCUCCGUGUCACAUUUCACCCAUACUGGGUUAUUUAUCUUCCCAGCAGUAUUGUAUACUGCACCUUCUGGUCGUUAGUGAUUGUCUAUGAUUAGAAUGUAUCUCAUUGUGGUUUUCGCUUGUUUUUAAUGGUCUGACCAGGAUUUUUUUUGUUGUGUGUAUCGAACUGUGCUCAGCGACUUUAUUCUCCAGUAUCUGGAGCGUCUGAACAGUUCAUUCCCAAGUCUGACGUCUCAGGAAUUAAAUCCUGGUUUGAACGGCCACGCGGCCCAUGGUGGGACCUUGAACUCUGAAUAAAAGUGCAUAA